AGCACAACAAACGUCAAUCUACGGCCAGUUGUUGUUUUUCAACAAGUCAUUACAUAGAUUAAUCAUGUCUAACGACGACGAUAAACAAUCGUCUCCGAAGGUUGACGAGAAGCAAGACGAGAACGGCUUCGAUAAGUUUCUCGAGGAGGAUUGCGCGCAGCCGGCCAAACAAGAGGCACGUGCUUUUCUGCGCGAGAGAUUUUUGAGAGUCAUCACUGGUAUCAUCGGGAAACCAGCCAAGUUUCAUCUGUAUGAAAAUACUACAGUCGCAGCAGAGUUUAGAGGCUGUGACAUUGACUUUUUGGAGUUGUACGUCAGAAAGUUAUCGACACCACUGGGAACAAUACCAGAGGCAGUUUUGAGAACCAACGAUGUCAUUCAUUUUGAAUUGGAUCAUCCUAUUUGAAUCAGAAUAUUGUACAUUUUCACAUGCAGCCAGAUGAAUACUUUGCUUGUUUCUAUUGUUGGACUUACUCGAAAUGCAGUUGUGUACUAUGUACAAUGAAUUUGUCAGACCGCUAGUAUAAUUUUGAUCUCUUAAAGCUCUGUUGACAAUGUCAACAUAUUGAUUAAAGCUUCAUUUAUGCUUAAAAUCACCAUGUAACAUCAAGAGCUUAAUCAUAGUUUGCGAAUCACUUCAAUCUAAGAGAUUUUUCCAAGUUUGUAAUUUUAUAACUAUUAUUAGAAUUGUAAAAAUCAUAUUAUAAGCAUUAUUAUAAUUUGUAUAGAUUAGUAAUAUUGUUAAUUAUCAGCUAUCAGAGUUGAUUGAUUUUGUAGAAAAUGAAUGUAUUCUGUGAAUAUGUACCAUUAAUUUAGCAUUUAAGUUCAUACAUCAUAUAUCUGUCAGAAUUAAUUUUUCAUGUUUAUAAAUGAAAAUUAUGCUUGUUGAACCACAA